CGAUGACCCCUUCCGCGUGGACAUCGAAAUCACGGAGCCGAACACGCGGAUACGAAUUCCCGUCGUCGACUAUCGUGACGAAAAAUCCCCCCUACCCAUAUCGAAAACGAAAUUUGUGAUGCUGUAUUUGAGUACACAAAUCGACUUGCAUUGCUAGAAUGGAACAAAGAGGCGCAGUUGUGGCCUCGUUUGCAGGCAAUUUGUCAUGCUGUUUCCCACUUCCAGCUGCCUCCUGUCAUGCUGAAGAUGCAAGGCUUUCCCACGCAGCCCAGCACUACAGUCCUUCGCAUCUUUUCCCUUCUAGCAUGACAAAGCUGAUUUCUGGCCACAAAUCUGCAUACACAGAUUUCCGCUUUGAUACAGGGCGGAGGCUUUUUUCUCUUUGAUAUGGACGCCAACUAUACGAUAUACUACUCAGACCUGCAUUCCGAGCCCGACCCGCUGUGGGAGGACCGCGUGUGGAACACCUACCAUAGCGCGGACACUGCAGACGCAAGCGAGAGCGCCGUGUACAGCAGCUACGAUGCGGCAGCGACUAACAGCAGCGUGGCGCAGCAGCUCCCAUACGCGGACCAGUAUCGGCAGCACUGGUUCGUGGACGCUGGUCACCUGCCGAAGGCAAACAGGCACCUCUUUACGCAGACGGGACAAUACUCGAUUGUGAUUCGUGGGGACCUGCGGUGGCUGGGGGAUUUGCUCGAGCUCGAGAAGUUUUUGUCCAACGACACGAGCCCCCGAAGCGGGGGUGCAGCAGCUGCCUCAAGAAGCACCACCACGCCGAGUAAUGCGGCCUUGCUGCAAGUUCGCGAGGAGUACCUGAACUUCAAGCGAUCCAUAUUACAAUGAAAAAUGCCCUCACCCCCGAACUUGGGAGCAUUUGUAUUGUAAACCUUUCCAAAUGAAACACUCGCCCGCUUGCAUCUAUCAGCAUCACAGGUUUCCGAUCGUGAAUAGCUGCAAAAAUUUGUAUUGCAAAAGACCCCAGCAAGAGCGGCGCUUGUCAUGCAAGCGAUGCGAUACACGCCUCGACUCUGCAUCAGAAAGAUUCAUACUCCUUUCAUGCAUGACAAAAAGUUUCCAUUUGGAAACUUCGCAUCACAAAUUUUUGCAAUUUCAUGGGUGGGGGGAACUUUUCACUGUAGUAAUCCAUCCGGGCGCUGAAGUCGCUCGGCAAGCAUGGGUCGACGCUGCUGCCAAACUUGUUCCAGGAGGCUGCUUUCUUGCAAACGCUUCCCGUACCCGCCGUGUUUGACAGGCACUGGGAGAACG